AUGUCGGUCCAAGCAGCACUGAAAGCGCCCUUCCGCGUAGGAACCAAGGAGGUCUACCUCCCCAACUUCACAGUCACCUUCAUCCGCACACCGCGCAUGCCCGCCUCAUUCGCAAAAUUCAUCGUCCCCUUGAACAUGAACAAGCUCGAUCUCCGCGACUACCUCUACCACGCCUACAACGUCCGCGUCGUCAGCGUCCGCAGCUACAUCGAGCAACAAAAAGUCACCCAAGGCAAACCCAACGCCCCAAAGAUGCAAAUCAAGCGGUGGUUCCGCCCUCGCGCCAUCAAGAAAAUGACUGUGGAGUUGGAGAGUCCGUUUGUGUGGCCGAGCACGCCGACUAAAGAGCAGUUGAAUGAGCAGUGGAGUAAGGAUACGCAUGAGCAGGCGAGAAAGGAUAACGACAAAUACGCAGAGAUGAGGGGCAGGUUGGCAGAUGCGGCUGUGGAUAGAGGAGAGAGAAUCAGCAUGAGGGAGCAGGCCAAAGCGCUGUUGGAGAAGAAGGAGCAGUGGAAGCCUGCUGAGGAGCUGGGCUUUGCGAGAAAGUAAGCGUGUUGAACGCAUCUUCCAUUCAUGAGCAUUCUUGGGAAGGAGUUGGGGCGCUGUAAAAAAAGGUGGUCAAUUUGUGCAUAUGGGAUUGCACUGUACUAUAUUCGAAUGAAGUUGGGCAUAUAUCGUCCGCUCGUUACCAGAAGGUAGCGGGCUGUACUCUUACAACAUCAUUUCCAGACACUCAUUAGAGACUUGGUCUUUGGCGUUACGUCAGAUCUUGCUUCAACACUUACAAUAUUCAUCAUGUCAAGAUCAGCUUCCAAGAAGAUGUUCUAGGGAUUCACGUAGAGGCAGGU